AUGGACCAGUCAACCCUACUGUACGCAGGCGCGACAUUGUUCGCGAUCACAUUUACCUCCUGCUACGUUGUCCUCAUCAUAUUAUCUCCUGCGCCUCGUAAAGCACACCCAUCCGAGAGAACCUACCGAUCCGCCAGUUCUCCUACAAAACCUCUCCCUCUCGGCUCCGUCGCCGAUCCAGCCUCAGUUGACCUCAGCGUCAUCGUCCCCGCCUACAAUGAGACCACGCGGUUACCCGACAUGCUCCAGGCUGCCAUCACACACCUCAAGAACCCCACACUGAAGGCCCGGACGUACGAGUUCGUCGUCGUGGACGACGGGAGCUCAGACGACACGGCCGACUUGGCGCUGAAGUUCGCUGUGGACUGCCCUGAGAGCGAGAUACGCGUCGUGCAGCUGGUGAAGAACGCGGGCAAGGGCGGUGCGGUCCGACACGGCAUGCUGCAUGGGCGGGGAAGGCGUCUGCUCAUGGUAGACGCGGACGGUGCCAGUCGGUUUGAGGAUUUAGAGCUGCUGUGGGAGGAGAUGGACAAAGUCGCGCCGCACGAAGAGGCCUCUGUGGUCGUCGGAAGCCGUGCGCAUCUCGUGAAGACGGAGGCGGUGGUGAAGCGCUCAUUGCUACGCAACAUACUCAUGUACGGCUUGCACACCAUACUCCGUAUCGUCGGUGUCGGGCACAUCCGCGACACGCAGUGCGGCUUCAAGCUUUUCUCGCGGGCCGCGGCACAGAGCAUCUUCCCCUACCAGCACCUCACCACGUGGAUCUUCGACGUCGAAUUGCUACUCCUCGCGAAGCAACUCCGUAUGCCUGUCGCAGAAGUGCCCAUUGAGUGGCACGAGGUCUCCGGGAGCAAGCUGAACGUCGUCACGGACUCGCUGCAGAUGCUGAGGGAUCUGCUUGUUCUACGCGCGAACCAUCUGCUCGGGCGGUGGAAGGUCGGGCCUCCGUUGGCUAAGUCGAGUACUGUACAGCCGAAUGGCAAGUAA